GCAUUUCAGCAAACCUUUGCGGGUGAGCUGUUGGAUUAGUAACUCAUUCUGACUCGUUAACCCUCGAGAGCGCUAAAGGGAGAAAUGGCAGGAGGAAAAGCUGGAAAGGACAGUGGCAAAGCCAAGACCAAGGCAGUAUCCCGAUCUCAGAGGGCUGGUCUGCAGUUCCCAGUAGGUCGUAUCCACAGGCAUUUGAAGACACGCACAACUAGCCAUGGUCGUGUCGGUGCCACAGCUGCCGUGUACAGUGCAGCAAUCCUGGAGUAUCUGACUGCUGAGGUGCUGGAGUUGGCUGGUAAUGCCUCCAAGGACUUAAAAGUAAAGCGUAUCACUCCCAGGCAUUUACAGCUGGCUAUUCGUGGUGAUGAAGAAUUGGACUCGCUCAUUAAAGCCACAAUUGCUGGAGGAGGUGUGAUCCCCCACAUUCACAAGUCACUGAUUGGAAAGAAGGGCCAGCAGAAGACUGUGUAAAAGCAGUUUUCUCAUCUUUGUGUAAUCGGCAGCCAGCAUGGUAUAAAGAGGGCAGUUGUUUUAUGUUUUACAUUUGUUUGGUUAUUUUAUAAGUGUAGAAUGAACAGGAAAUGUGCUUUAGCUUUUACUCUACUGUUCUUAAGUUGAGAGGGAGUGGAGUUCAGGGCCAAGGAACCAAAAUGACUGCAUUCUUUUUAAAUGGGUUAACAGACCCAUCAUGUUCUCAAUGUUUACCAGCAUGUGUCCUGCAUCUGUUUUAUACAUAAAGACUUGAACUUUUCUUAAAA